AGAGGGGAAGCUGUAUGAGGAGCAGCUGAAGUCACUUGGUUUGUUCAGCCUGGAGAAGACUGACGAGGACCUCCAGGUUGCUCAGGAGGGGAAGAGGAGGGGCAGAUACUGAUCUCUUCCCUGUGGUGACGAGUGACAGGACCCGAGGGAAUGGCCUAAAGCUGCUGAUGGAGGGGUUUAGGGGCAGCAGACCUGCGACAGAGAAAGAAACAAAACUGCUCAGAAUCUGACAAAAUGGCUCCAGAGGAGAGAAACAAAGAAAAUUCAAAGCUGGGAAGGUCGCCAAAAUAUAUGUUAAUCCAGCGUUUUGCAAAGCUUUUCUUUGGCUGUCUCGCGGCAGUCACCAGUGGAAUGAUGUAUGCUGUGUACCUCUCUACAUAUCAUGAGCGGAAAUUCUGGUUUUCCAGCAGGCAGGAACUUGAACGAGAAAUUACAUUUCAGGGUGACAGUGCCAUUUAUUACUCAUUCUAUAAAGAACUGCUAAAGGCUCCUUCCUUUGAAAGAGGUGUUUAUGAAUUGACACACAACAAUAAGACAGUAUCACUGAAGACCAUAAAUGCUGUCCAGCAAAUGACUUUGUACCCAGAGUUGAUUGCCAGUGUUUUAUAUCAAGCAUCUGGUAGCGAAGAAGUUAUUGAACCAGUGUAUUUCUACAUUGGUAUAGUUUUUGGACUGCAGGGAAUUUAUGUGACUGCAUUGUUUGUAACCAGUUGGGUUAUGAGUGGGACUUGGCUGGCAGGAAUGCUGACUGUAGCAUGGUUCAUUAUUAACAGGACAGACACAACAAGAAUUGAUUAUUCCAUACCAUCAAGAGAAAAUUGGGCUUUGCCAUAUUUUGCGUGUCAAGUAGCAGCUCUCACAGGCUAUUUAAAAAAGAACCUAAACUGUUCUGCUGAGAAGUUUUGUUAUCUUUUGGUGAAUGCCUCAACAUAUACCUUCAUGAUGAUGUGGGAAUACAGUCAUUAUCUCCUGUUUGUCCAGGCUGUUUCUCUUUUCCUGCUAGACAGCUUUGCCCUAGCACAGACAGAGAAGGUGCACGAGGUAUACAGAAUCUACCUGUUUUCUGUCAUUGUGGGGUACCUUCUGCAGUUUGAAAAUUCAGCCUUACUAGUGUCACCAUUACUGAGUCUUGUGGUAGCUUUAAUGCUCUCCAAAUCCCUUCAGAUGAAUAUGAAAAAAAGCACAUUUGUGUCAAGAUUGCUGAAAAUAAUGUAUAUUUAUUUGGUACUUACAGUAGCAGUGACACUAAACUUCUUAUUAAAGAUGUUCAUUCCUCAUAAAGAAAAUGGGCAUCUGCUGAAGUUCAUUGAAGUAAAACUUGGCUUAAACACAACUAAGAAUUUUACAAUGAAUUGGCUCCUUUGUCAAGAAUCUCUUCAGGCACCCUCCCAAGACUUUUUUUUGCGACUAACACAGUCAUCACUGUUGCCUUUUUAUAUUUUAGUAUUAAUUAUCUGCCUUUUUUCUGUAACUCAGGUCAUUUUUAGGAGAAUUUGUGGUGAGCCACUGAAAGAGACAGUUAAACUUGAGGAUGGUCGAAUUGGAGAGAGGCCAGAAAUAGUUUAUCAUGUAAUUCACACAAUUUUGCUUGGUUGUCUAGCGAUGUGUUUGGAAGGAAUGAAAUAUCUAUGGACACCUUAUGUUUGUAUGCUUGCUGCAUUUGGUGUGUGUUCUCCUGAACUUUGGAUGACGCUUUUCAAGUGGCUUCGACUGAAAGCUGUGCACCCAAUACUGCUGGCUCUUAUUCUGAGUAUGGCAGUUCCCACUAUAAUUGGAUUCAGCUUGUGGAAAGAGUUUUUCCCUAGAAUAAUGACAGAGCUUACGGAACUGCAAGAAUUCUAUGAUCCUGAUACAGUAGAACUUAUGACAUGGAUAAAACGCCAGGCUCCUGUGGCUGCAGUGUUUGCAGGCAGCCCACAGCUCAUGGGUGUGAUUAAGCUCUGUACGGGAUGGAUGGUGUCGAGCCUGCCUUUGUAUAAUGAUGAUGAUCUUCUGAAAAGAAAUGAGAAUAUUUAUCAGAUCUAUUCAAAGAGGUCAGCAGAGGAUAUUUAUAAGAUACUCACAUCUUACAAAGCCAACUUUCUGGUUAUCGAAGAUUCAAUUUGCAAUGAAGUGGGACCUGUAAGAGGAUGUAGAGUUAAAGAUCUGUUGGAUAUUGCUAAUGGUCAUGUGGUUUGUGAGGAAGGUGACAACUAUGCCUACUCAAAAUAUGGACGAUUUUGUCAUGAAAUCAAAAUGAACUAUUCUCCAUAUGUGAAUUAUUUCACUCGAGUAUACUGGAAUAGAUCCUACUUUGUAUAUAGAAUCAACACUGUGAUAUCCUUCCAGUCCUGAAAAAGCAUGCAAGCUUCUUUCUGAGGAUUGAUUGUGAAUGAAUUUCAGUUGGAAAAGUUCCUUUUGGACAAGGAGGUCUAUUUUUGCAGAUAGAUGUGCACACAUGCAGUGUACUGACAACUUUACCACACUGAAAUUCUUUGAUCUACAGAUCAGCUGACACAUAUACCAUCCUUGAAGGAAACGGGAACAUUCAUCAGUUUUACAGUCUCUACAAUGUGCUACAGUCUUCCAUGUUUUUACAUUUUUCUUCCCAUUAGAAAUCAUCUUAAUCUUCAUGUAAAUGAGAUUUCUAACUUUAGUGUUAGAGAGUUGAUAUGCGUAGACUUCAGUAAAUACAGAAAAAUUAUUUAAAGAGCUUGUUUAAGUCAUAUAGCUUUUAAUUUUUAGCAAGAAAGCAAUCACUAUCCCAAGUCUUUUCAAGUAAGUGUUUGGAUUUUUAGUUUGGGGGUUCUUUUUGCUUUGUUUUAGUUCUUCCUGUCUUCCAUGGUAAACAUUUCUGUGUUUCUCAAACACACAUUUAUACAUCUUAUGUGUAGCUAUAUAGUUUUUAUAAAUCAUAUAAGAAAGAUUUUACUGAAACAACACUUUCAUAGAUUAAGGCACUGAUCUCUACAUUGUUGUCUCUGUUGUCUACAGAGACAUGUUGGUGGAAAUGCUAGGAAUUAGACCUAGCAAUAGGAGCUGACAAGCUCAGACCUUCAGUUUGGAAAGAACUUGUCUUCAGCAUUUCUCCAUUUAAGUGUUUAUGUGUGUAUGCAUAUGUGUGUCUUUCCUAGCAGCCACCAGAACGGGCCAGUAUACCACAGUAUGCCACACUUGUUUUCAGGCAAGUGUAGCAGGACAACCAGGUUUGCUUCUGAGACUUCUGCACUUCAGUUUCACCCCCUGUGUGUGUGCUGGUACGUGUGUGUGUGUGUGUGUGUGUGUGUGUGUGUGUGUGUGGACAGAUGGGUGAUACUCAUUUCAUUCAACUUAUUAUGCAAUAGCUAUAUUAAGAUAGUGCCAUAACUGUCAUCUAAAACACUAUAAUCGCCACCAUUAAUAAAUAAUGGUACAGGUGUUCAUAGCUAUUUUUAUAUCAAUUAUGCAAAUACACAGAUCUUUGAAAAUUUGGCAAAGUACUCUGCAGUUUUGCUUCCCUCUAAAAUUUGCCCCUCUUUGCCUCUACAACUCCUUUUCUUAACAAAUGAUCUGUUCAUCCUGUUUGUUGCUGGCUGAUAGACUUUCAAGAAAAUGAAUGAUGUUUUAAUUACAACUCUGGGCCUAAAACUAGUGUUGAGAAUAGAAACUCCAAUAAAAGGUAACCGUAGCUUUGCUUAAUGUAGGUGUAACUGGACAAAAAGCCAGGACUAAGUUUUGGAAGAGGUUGCUCACCUCUUGGGAGUUACCUGCAGUUACAAAUUAAUGUAACACCUGGCCCAGAGACCAGUCUGUCAGGCAUGUGGGAAUGAUUCUUUGGAGCCCAGAUGUCUUUAAUGAAGGAGCUGGCAAAAUAGGAUGAAACCUCAGCUGAAAAAUCUGCAAACCAUUCUGCAAGUAGAAGCUGCAAAACAAUCCUUACUGCAAAUCGGAGAUUUUAACUCUGAAAUUAUUAGGAACUGCAGCAUGUUGUUGUAUGUGCAUGAUUCUUCUCUGCUCUAUGCAGAUACACUUGCUUAUUUUACACUGACACGUAGUGCUGAGAUUUUUUAAAACUUGUUAUCACUUUUGGAGUGAUUUAAAAGAAAAAAGCUUUAUUGUUGUAAAAGCCAACAUGUCUGUAAUCUGUUUUUUACUUUCAGUUAUAUUUUUAGGCCUAUGAGUCUUGACAAAAUGUUAAAUUGUGCAUUUUAUUUGAAACCAACAUUCAGAUAAAUCUAUCAAAUAUAUGGGAUGUUGUCACUGAGAGAAACACUUAUCCAUAUACCUGAGUUACAAGUUAUAAGUAAAUAUCCUUUCUGGGCAUACAGGCAUCAUGUUGGGGAUAGUGUGUACCUGUGUGUCUGCUGGAGUGCAGGCUGCGUGUAUUUGCUUGUGCACAAGUGCAUGUUUUACUGCACUGGGCUGUUUCAGACUGCUCAAUUACCUUAUACCAACAGCAGCUUGUGUAUUAACUUGAGCUAUGGCAGGCCUGCAGGAACCCCCUCUGUAUGUGUGGAUAUAGAUGUAAUAUCUGGAAGUAAGUUUACAGUUCCUUUUCCAGUUUAGGUUUGUUUGAAUCAUUGUCAAGGAAUUACAUGUCUGUGUGUUGGUCAUUUAAUCUCUUGAAGUUAGUAAUUCAUGAAUAUCACUUCAUAUCAGCAAUAAGGCAUUCCAGGUGCAAACUUCAGGGUUACAACUGUACUUGGGUAGAUGAAGUUGCAGAACUUCUGGCUUCAUGCCUUAGACUGCCAUGCUGAGAUGUAACAUUCAACUGUCCUUGGCUGCCUGUUGUGUUUCACUGCAAUGUUGUCUGUGUUGCCAUCUAGAACAUAGCUUGAACACAUACAUGUAGAGCUCACAUAUUAAAAAAGCCACAAAUGAGGCCACCCACACAUCUAAACAAAACUGUCUUGUAGCAUGUUGGCCUUUAUACAUGUUUAAAUGAACAAGUUGAACUUUAUUUGAACUGUGACAUAGUUACUGUUAUUAAUUUUGUCAUAGUUUUUAAGAUGUAUUCUUGAUACUUCAAUUGAUUCUGCUUUAGGAGAAUCAUUUAAGAUUUUUACCUUGCUUUUUAUAUUAGAGAAAAUUAUAUUGCAGCACCAUUGGCACAGCAGCCUUAAGUAACAGAAGGAGCCUUUUAUUUGGGCGAACAUUGUAGAUGUUCCUGUAAAAAGGCUUAAUUAAAACUAGUGACUGAAAGAAUCAUAUCUUACAAAGAAAGUGAAUUAAUUUCUUAUCCAGCCAUGGACUAGCAAAAAUAUGUCUAAUCUCCAGCUUCUGUGAAAAAUAAUAAGUUCCAUUGAUAUCCCUCAGUGGGACAACAAAGGGCAUAAUUACACCAGACUUGUGCAGACAACCCUGGCUUGGUUUUCAACCAGAUCACAGGUUUAACUCCCUGAAAGCGUUGUGGGAAAGUUUUACAAAUUUUGAUCUGCUUUGCUGUAGAUGUUGCAAUUCAGUUGAAACAUGUGCCUUGCAAGCUUUUAUUAAACAAACAAAAACCUCAA